CAAAUAUAUCUCAAUAAUGACUGAAUGCAUUGACAAUAACAAGCUUCCAUCAAAUAAUUAUCGAUUUGAGGUUGUCCGUUUGAAAAGUUUCUUUAACUGGCCACAUGCAUGGAAGAAAUCAAAAGAAUUUGCAGCAGCUGGAUUUUAUUAUACAGGUGAUAGCGACAUAGUGAAAUGUUUCGAGUGUGGUAAAGAACUGUGGAAAUGGAAAGCAGAAGACAAUCCAAUGGCUGAUCAUAAACGAUACAGUAGGAACUGUUGGUUUGUUUAUAAUAUUCCAUGCGGCAAUGUGCCGAUUGAUACAGAUCCUAGCACAAUUCCAGCAUUUUUGCCUAAAGGCGUGGAUGAAUGUGGAAUUUAUGAUUGUACAAACAUACCUAAAUUUGAUUCAAACUGUAAAGAAGUAAGUUAUAGAUUGAAAGAGCUCAUGUCAAAUCCACAGUAUCCUGAAUAUAGCGAGUAUUCUGCCAGAUUGGCAUCAUAUGAUAAAUGGCCUAAAGCAUUGUCACAAAGUAAAGAAGAACUGGCAAUUGCUGGUUUCUAUUAUUCAGGAAGUGGCGAUGAAACAUUGUGCUAUUACUGCGGUGGAGGAUUAAUGGAUUGGGAACCAUUCGAUGAUCCUUGGAUAGAACAUGCCAAGUGGUUUGAUAAGUGUCUUUAUUUGCUUGUAAUGAAAGGGAAAGAGUUUGUACACAAUACUGCCAAGAAAACACAUAUAGAAACCAUAACAUCUGCAGUUGAUAAAUUACUUGAAAAAUUGGAGGAAGAUAGUAAUGAAAUUAUUGGUAAUGGAAAUACUCAAAACUCAGUUAAUUCUGAAGAAACUAAUACAGAAGCAAGUAUCGUAUCAGGCAAGGACAGUACCGAGCAAAAAUCUGUCCAAAUACAGAGUGACAAACCACAUAACAAGGAUUAUGCAACAUUAUGUAAAAUUUGCUUUAACAGAGAAUUACAGGUCGCGUUUAUACCAUGCGGACAUGUAUUAGCGUGUGUAGAAUGUGCCAAUAAUAUGCAAGUAUGCGGCGUAUGUCGUAAGGAUAUUGAUAUUGCUGUACAAGUGCAUUUCACAUAGGGACUGUUUUUUCUUUGUAACAAAUGUCAUGUUAAUUUUACUCCAGAAUAUUCCAUUUAUCAUGAAAAUCGACACUUUAAAGCAAAACUAAAUGACAUAGUUCAUGUAGCAUAUAGAUC